AUCAAUAUGGCGCUAUUUUUAGUGUGUAACUGAAUUGAUUUCUCUUAUAUAUGUGUCAAUAAUUCCUAGUUAAGCGUGUUUAUUAGUACGAUUAUCAGAAAAAUGAGUUCCUUUUCAGAAAUCGUAGUGUGUAUUAGGUCUAAAUUGUUUGAUAAAGCUACCACUUUGCUCAAGACAUAUCAAACAGAUGUAGACGGAAGGAUAACUUUCAAGCUUUUGAGAAGCUUGGUAACUCAGUUGAAGAUCAAUUCUGGUAGCAAAGAUGAAGACAGUGUAAGGGAAUUUGUGCAAAUUUGUUGUGCUAUUCUUGACUGUUCUCAAGAUUUCACAGCUGAAGAUGCAGAAUUUACACAAGGAGUAUUAUCCCUCUAUCAUUUAGUGACACUUUAUAUCAGUACUUUUGAUAAAAGUGAUAUUUGUGUGAUGUUGUCAAAAACAAUUCUUGGUUGUCUGAGGAAGGUCAGCAAAACACUCAAGGAUGUUGAAUCAAUUGCUGCAAAUUUUUUUGCUCAAGUUUGGAAUGUGGCCAACAAAGUGAGUGAUGAACUAUGCCUCUCGUACAGGAGUUUGGCCCUAACAGUUUUGGUGCAUGGAGGGAGCAGCUACUGGAAUCGGGUUAUUGACAAGCUUGUGGUUGUUGUGCAGGAACCAUCUAGUGGUUCAUUCCAGUUGACUGGAUGUGUUUUUGAUGAAUUUGUUUUAUAUUUUAAUAACCAUGUAGUUAAAGGCUCUCAAUGUAUAACACCAUUACUUCAAGUCUGGGCACAUUUGGUGCUGUUAUCAUCUCCAACUCAUCACCAUGAAGACCGAACUCAGAAGCUCAAGUUAUUAGCCAAAGAAAUCCAAGAAAGCAAACAAAUUUACGGCAUAAUUGAUUUGGUGUUGAAUCUGUUUGGGCCCAAUGACGGGGAUCAAGUGGACAUGUUCUCCGCAAACUGGGCAAAUUUCGUAACCAAAGAUUAUCAAAUUAUUUUGGUUCGAAUCAUUGUUCUUGCUCUAGGCUACUCAAAUGGUGUUAGCAACCAGUCAGUUGAGACAAAAUGGGAGCGAAAAAAACAAAUUGUCUCCGUCAUAAAUCUUUUGCUUUACUUUUACCAAGAGGGUGAUCGUCUAGGAUCGGUUAUUGAAGCUAAUUUGCACAUGGAUCCUACAAACCUGCGGAAUAAGUGUCUUUCCCGUGCCUGCUCAAUUAGCUAUCAUCUUCUAAAGCUUGACCCUUCAAAAAUAGUCGAUUGCCAAACAGUAAUCCAUUAUGUUGACCAGUUUAUUAAUCAAGAAACUGUUGAUGAGAAGAAGAAAAUCAAUCAGUUUUCCUGCGCUGAAAUAUUCGCCCACAAUGUCGGUGCAUUUUGCAUGUCGCAAAAGUCGGAUUACACCAACGCCGCCAUAUACUUCCGCAAAGCGCUCGAGUAUCACAUGAUUAACCAACCACCCGAGAUUUCCAAUGGAGAGAUACCAAACCAUUUUUCAGUGCGAUGGACAGCGCUUUACGACUCCCGCAAAGCGGCCCGUGAUUGGAGUGGAAUUGUAGAGGAUUUCGCCCUAUGUUUCUCGUCGUUCUAUGACAUUAACGAAACAAAUGGUAAGGCUGUCUGCAGGAAUCCGGCUGUUGUACAGCAUUUGUUUGUUGCAUGGAGUCGUUUUAAGCGUGAAGUCCAUCAUGAAGUGACUACCCCGACUGAUCGUCUUUUGGAAAUGACGGUUUUAGAUGUAUUCAAAUUAAAACAUUUGGUGCUUGAAAACAACUCUGCUUGGAGUCUACUGUUUGAAGAGUUUCAAGCAUUUGAUAGACGGAAAGGAUGGAUACCUAAAGUUGCUUUCAGCUCCAUAGCCCAGCAAUCUUCCGUUUUGGCAAGAUCCCCUUUUCAAAAGGGCGUUUCAAAUUUCUUUUUGUCUCGUGAAGGAGACGACUACGCAGAACGAUAUCGAACUGCCAAAAAAGCUGUAGACAAAUUGGUAGCACAGGCUUCGUCAUCAGAUUGCCCAUUCCAAGGACAAAUCUACCUCGCAUUGGCUUAUAUGGAGCUUUACGUAAGCCAACAGGAAAUGUUAAAGAAGAAAACUGAAGAAGAAAUGGUAUCACUUGGCCCGUUGAUUCAGAGCAGUUCAAACAAUGAGGUUCCACCAGGGGAAGAUGACACGAGCGUGACUAGAGACGGAACUUCGGUAGACGCAGUGUCUUAUUCCUACUUAAAACUGGAACUGGAGCUUAAAAACCAAGAAUGGAUGGUGAAAUGUCUUCAGCAAUGGGAAGAACUGGUGCAGUUUGGCUGGUGCCCAGAGCACUACAGCAGUGUCAUUUUUAAUUGCCUUAAAUCCCUGGGGUACUACUUUAGCCUUAACGGCAACAGUUUCUUUAGCGCCCGAGCGUGGUUUCUUACGCUCAGACUGGCUGAAUCUGCGAAAUGUGACGACGAGAUUGUGCUUGCCACCUCAGAACUGCUCAGAUUGGGGUUGAAAAUUGAUAGCAAAAUACUUUUGCGCUGCCAGGAGUUGAUAGAGAAUAAGACAGUGGUUCUCCAGGAUCAGAUCCUUUUCCUUCUGAACAAGGCUUGGGCGCAAUAUUUCCAACACAACUUUGUCGAGUCCUGGCGAAUCCUCGAAGAGCACGUCUUAAAGUCACCAGCGAUAAAAACCGAAUCGCCCUCAAAAAGCAUUUUGCUUCUGAUCUCGCAAGCCUAUUUAUUGCGGAGUUUGCUUGUUGUUGUACCUGAAGAACUGAGCCACAUUCCUCCGUCCAGCGAAAUUGGAUCUGUCCAGGCCGGUGUCAAAGCCACGCAGUCGGCGUACAUGGCACUCAAAUGUUAUGUAAGCUACGCCCAAGAGCAGCAUGGCUGGGAUUUUUAUGGGCAAGAGUGGAAUGCUUUACGGCAUUUCCUUCUUAGCGCCAUUAGCCUCUCUCGCAUUUAUUUGUACACAGCAGCCCCGCGUGAGGCACGCUUUUUCCUGAAAGAGGCUCUGAGUGCAGCUCAACGGCACGUCUCAGUCCUUAGGACAGCUGAAGCUCUUUUGGAGCUUUGUCAUAUCGAUUUGAUGCUAGACAACACCAUGGAUUGCCAAUCAAAAUUGGUGCUUAUUUGUCAUUUGAUGGGUGUAGCGCCGCCAAUAGUUCCAGAGUCAGAAACUGCUGUCUCAAUUGGCAAGAAAUCAUUCGAAACACCCAUUUCCCCCGUACAGAUAAGAUCUGAUCGGCGAAAAGGAACUGCCGCACGAAAAGUUCCCGAAGUUCCAAUUCAGGGUCAUCAAGACGCAACACAGCUUAUGCCCCAAUUCAACUAUCAAGGAGCGUCGCCAAAUACGAAGGCAAGAGAAAUAUGCGACGGCAUUUUUCCCGAACAUGUUUCCGGCUGCGUUUGCCUGACCUGCUCUGGUGAACUAGUAAUGUCCAUACGUUGCGCCGCCUUAUUGGUCCAGUCAAAGCUGUGGAGUUUCAUGGGAUUCCACGAUCUAGCCACAGAAGACUUUCAAAGGGGACAGCAACUAGUGCAAUCCAUAUCCUGUCGUCUAAAAAGUUCAGCAAAAACCGUCGCCACCAAGAGCUCAGCGAAGCGCUUAUUUGAUGUACCUGAUUGCUUGAGCACAAAUGAAAUUUGGGCUCAGUACAAAAUGCAGUGGUUUCAACCACCUAUCGUAACAUGCAUGGAACUACUCUUAGAAAAUGCGAUGCAUCGUUUAGUUACCAAUUGCGCCCAUGUUGAGAUUGAAGAGUUGUUGGCGCCCGUGAAAACUGUUAUGUACGAGUUCUAUCUGGGUCCGCUGGAGCAUCGAGUUAUAAAGUUGACUUCAGCCAUCGCCGUUGCCUCUCUUCAGCAACCUGCUCAAUUCUUCACCCCAGAACAAAAAUGUAAAAGCACGGCCCAAGACGAAGAAAACGAAGAUGUCAUCAUUUUAGAAGGGGAUCAGGUGCCAAAAACUCCUGCAUUUAGUCUCAGGAAACCACUCGAUGUUCCAGCUCCAAGACGCGUAAGGUGGAAUCUGAUGGGGACCAAAAUUGACGCCACCAUCACCAUUGAUGACGAUGACGAUAGCGAUGGAGGCUUUUCCCGCCGUCGGCUAGGCCAACCUCAGAAAGCCAUCCUUUAUUCGAGCGAUAGUGACAGUGAUGUACUUGCACCAUCUCCUCCGCCUGCCAAAGCGAAAAGCGAAAAAUUUACAGAAAUUACCAAAAACGCGGUUCAAGAAAUGCCGCCCCCAGAAUCGACUGCCGUUCAAAAGAAAUUUUUUAAACGAGGGGUUACGAAAGUGGAAUCAAACAGUCGACCUGUUGUUACGACGGCCAAGUCAUCGAGGAAAGCAGUUUCAACGAAUAAAGCCGAAACUAACCUAGACCUGCAACGGCCCCUUGUUUCCGAUAAAGCCGAACAGAAACUUGCCAAAUCGAAAUCUACUUCGUCAUCCUCAACUAAAAAGGAUUCGGAAAUCAUUGAAUUGAGUAGCAGGCUUGCAGUCACUAAAAUCAGCCCGGAAAAUACGGAAACGAAAGACACCCGACCUAGGCGGACGACGCGUUCUACAAGGAAAUGAUGCUGGCCUCCUUUCCCUUUUUCGCUCAUUUGCAUGUCGACCAGCAGCACGUUUUAAUUCAAUCCUUCCGUUAGGAAAUGGUGAAACUUGGCUAACUUUCGUUGUCCGUCCAAGAUGAAUGCCUUUGUUGUACAGUUCUUUUGUUACAAGUACCCGAGUAAAGGACUCGUAUGUUUUUU